UAGCAAUCAUUCUAAAAGGACAAAAUUUUGAUAUUCGAUUAAAAUUGGAUUGAAUCAUAUCCAGAUAUUAAUAUUGUUUUUUUGUAAAUAGCAAUUUAAUGUGUAUUACAGUCGCAAUUUAAUUACAAAUAUUUUUCAUUGUCACGAGAAGGGAGGCAGUGUUUACAUCUCAUUGAUCAGCGCCGCCGCCGUUUUUUUUUGUAUGAUAGUUUUGAUGAACGUAUCGGGGCGACACGCGACGACGUAUUAAAAGUAGAGUGUCGUUUGAACUGUAAAUAUGCUGUUUUUACUAAAGAAGAUCGACUUAUUAUUUAUUGUUUUUGUCGUUAUAGUUGUCGAUACCUUGUUGACUACCGGAACACUUCACCAGCAAUCCAAGAGAAAUCCGGUCGUGUUGCUGCCUGGAGAUGGCGGGUGCCAGCUAAGGGCGUCCUUGAACAAAAGUGAGGUGCCACACUUCUACUGCAAGGAACAUACCAGUGAAUACUCUAUCUGGCUAGAUGUAGGAGAGUUUGUCCCUCCAUUUGUCAACUGCUUCAUUGAAAACAUAAGACUUGUAUAUGACAACACCACCAGGACAAGCUCAUUUCCACCGGGUGUAAACAUCACUGUGCCUGGAUUUGGUCCAACAUCUACGGUGGAAUGGCUGGAUCCAAGCCACGAAAGCUUCACCAAGUACUAUGUUGGUCUAGUAAAUGCCCUUGUAGCCAAAGGAUACGUGAGGAAUACAACUGUUCGUGGAGCCCCGUAUGAUUUCCGAAGAGCUCCGAAUGAAGCAGCGCAGUAUUUUAAAGAUUUAAAAGCUCUUAUAGAAGAAACCUAUUAUAUGAACGGUAACACUAAGGUGGUGAUGAUUAGCCACAGUCUAGGCUGUAUGUUUGGUCUCUACUUCCUUAACCACCAGGACCAAGACUGGAAAGACAAGUUUAUCCAAUCAUGGGUGCCAAUCGCACCACCACUAGGGGGCGCUACAAAAAUCAUCAGGCUGUAUGCCUCAGGGGAUGACUUUGGUGUGUGGGCUGUAGAAGCAUUAAAGGCCAGGAAAGCACAGCGUACGUACCCUAGCAGUGCAUUACUAGCCCCAUUACAGAGACUGUGGGCCAAAGAUGAGGCGAUUGUCAUUACCCCAAAGCGUAACUACACAGCGUACGACUACCAAGUGUUCUUUAACGAUGUUGGCUACGAAACUGGCUAUGAACUUUGGAAAGACACAAGUCCAUUGAAUAACGAAGUGAAAGCCCCAGGUGUUCCAGUUUUCUCAAUCCAUGGCAAAGAUGUCCCUACGGAAGAACAGUAUACAUAUGGAGAUGAAUUUCCCGAUGUACAACCUAAAAUAAAGUUUGGACAAGGUGAUGGGACAGUUAAUAUGCGAAGCCUUAAAGCACUACUUAAGUGGAAAAAUGAGCAAAAGCAACCAGUUAUAGAAUAUGAGAUAUCAGGAGGAGAACAUCUAGCCAUUCUUCAAAACUCUACUUUACAUGAUUAUAUAAUUAACAAAGUUCUACAACUAAACAGCACAUAACAGCCUAUGACAUUAGAACAUUUUUUACGUCUGCUGAACAUUUAGUAUCACAUGAUCUGUUUUACCUGGUAGUACAGUUGUAGCUUAAAAGGAAAUUUCACUAACAAUUUGUUGUACGUCGUGAGGAAAAGGCACAAUCUAUAGCAAGGUUGUCAGCUGAGCAAAUGCCUCAUGAGCCAGUGGGUGGUGUGUCUAGGAAUAUUGGCAUGGGAGAAGAUGGUGUGGGGGAGGGGGGCUUGAUUAAGUGAGGGGGAACUAUAGUAACUAGUAAAAUAAGGUGCUAUUUGCAUAAUUUUUUUUUUGCUCAGCAAAUUUCCAGUUGGGGUGAAAGCUUUUUCUGGAUGGCUGUACAUCCCCUACACUUUUCCAAUAAGCCUCUAAAGUGAGUCACCUUAGGAACUUCAAAUACUCUCAGCUAAUCUACUGAUUUGGUUAGCUUGGUUCAUGUUUGGAAAGGUUUAGAAGUAGAAAGAUGGUAUGAAUCAAUGUUUGUCCUAUCUGACGUGUUAUAGUACUGAAUGCUCAGUACAUUCCCAAAUGCUUACAAAAAAGUCUUGCAAGGGAUUUGGUGGGAAUCGAACCCACAACCAGAUACACACAACCAGAUAACUAGCCUUGUUGGCAUUAAGCGCUAUAUAUAUAUAUAUAUAUAUAUAUAUAACAUAUUAUUAUUAUUAUCAGGUAGGACAAACAUCAAUUCAUAUUAUUUCUCCUGAUGCAGAAAACACCAUCGAAAUAGAUGGAUGAUACUCCCUUGUUGGGCCAGAUUUCUACAUAUUCAGGAUGAGGCAAAUACCGGUAUAUAUAUAUGUAAAAAAUAUCCAUAUUUAUGAGUAAUGGAUUAGAGUCGUGGCUACUUGGGUUAGGUUAAUCUUUCUCUUGGUUAAGCAAAAAUUUGUUUGCCAAACGAGUUUAAGGUGUGGUAUGCAUGUUUUUUGGUGUAAUCGGUGGAAAUUUUUGUAAGUAUUGUAUUUUCAGUAAUCUAACCAUGUGGUUUGCAUUGCAGUUUCAUUUGUAUGGAAUAUAUUUCAUAAUAGAAUUAAUAACUACUGUAAGUUUGUAGAUCUGAAGUUAUUUUUGCGAUGUCUUAAUAUGUUUGCUGUCACCGACGAGUAUCCCUGUCCCGCAGGGUGUUGCUAAGGGUGCUAGAAACGACUAUACUCGUCGGAACCGAAGUAACAUUCUAGCGUUUAUUACUUUAUUGUAAUACACAGUAGUAGCGCCGACUUAACAUCUGAUAUAUCAGGAAAGAUACACCUAGACGAUAACAUACAAAUAAUGUAUGUAUAUUUGUUGUUAUGUUGCCGGCAGUACAAAAGAUUUGCACAAGUAGGGACAUCCUCUGAACAUAUACCAACUGAUGCAAAAAGUGGACAAGAAAACUCACACUUGGCAGAGCAAUACAAGUUAGUGUCCAAUGCCAGCAACAAGUUUACUCAUCUUCUAAUAUUUUCCUGUCAGUUUAUUAGACACACCAUUUUGAUGAUAAUGUUUAAUUGAUAACAUUUCAAGAAAGUAUGUUUGUAUUUGUAUACUUGUUGCACAUGGGACAAAACCUUUAAAAAAAAAGAUCUGGCAGUCAAUAAGCCAAUAAAGUACCAAUAACAUUGUACAAGCCUUUAUUUGGUAUGGUAGUUUUCAUUUUAUUGUGUAUACUGUUGGUGUCUGAGAUACUUUGUUUUGCAAUUCCAAUGCAUGACGUUUCAUGCAAUUAUUUAGCAUAGUCAUUGUCAAAAUGAAUUUUUUAAUUUUUAAAAACUACUUUAUGCAUACCGUAACUUAACCAGCUUACUGGUGUAAUGUUAAACUAAAUAAUUAGCAUUAGAAUGUGACAGUACUGUAUACUAGGAAGUCCCAAUACUAUUACUGUACUCAUAAUUCCAGUAAAUGACCCUAAUGUGGAGUAUAUUAUAGUCAAAUUUUUAUUUUGCUGGUUUUUGGAUGGCAUGCCUCAUUUAGUUUUAAAAUAAUUUUAGUAGACUUUGCCUACAAUGUCUACAAAAACUGUAAAAUGAAAAUUGUAGAUACAUUGUUGUGGUUAUCUGUCCAUAAUUAAGGAAUAAUUAUAGAGCGUGUGUUUAUGGUUUUACAAAUUCGCACCUUAUUUUCAAUGCAUAAUAUACUUAUGUUUAUCAGUAUACUUGACUUGUACAUUUUGUCAAUCCAAAAAUGUAAAAUAUAAUAUUAACAGAAAGAUGUAAUUUUGUAAGCAAAUUUUUAAAAUUAAAAUUAGUGGAGAUUUGUUAAGUUAUUAACUUUUUUUCUAUAGUCGAUUUGGUUCUAAAAUAAAUUAAAUAAAUUAAACAAAUAAUAUUAAUAAUAAUAAUUAAUUUUUCAUGAUUAUUAUUUAUAGUUUGAAAUUUGAUCUUGCAAUUUGAUUACUAAUUUUGUUCUUCCAAAAUUAAGUAAUCUUAUCACUUAGUAUUGUGAAUAUAUAUGUGUAUAUAUAUACAUUUAUGGAUUGGACGUGAAAUAUCGCUAUUGAAUAAAGUAAGUCCAGUAGAAACGA